AUGUUACGAAACAAAGUCAGUCGUUCCAGAAAAAGGUGUCGCAAGUUGUAUUAUGAAAAUAAGGUCGAAGAUAUGAAGCAUACUAAACCAAAGGAUUGGUGGGGGGAAGUGAAACGGUUUUGUGGUCUUUCCAUGGGAACACCUGAUAAUAUUUUUGCAAACCUAGAACAGGAUACACAAGAUCCCACUGUUCUUAGUAAUCUGAUAAAUGACACGUUUUUGGAACCCAUGCUUAAUUAUCCUCCUUUAAACGAUAAUGUGGCUGUUAUAUCUGAAAACGAUACCCCAAUUGUUGUUUCUGUCGAAGAAGUUUUGUCUCAUUUACAGCGUAUCGGUUCGGGUAAAUCAAGUGGCCCCGAUAAUCUACCGAACUGGGUGUUGGAAGCUAGCAAAC